UGGUUCGAAAGAAGUUAAAGAAGCUCACAGAGGUGCUCUAAUGGCGAGAGAAUGGAGGGAGCUCUGCUAGCGUCUUCGCUUCACCUGCCCCUCUUCUCCUCCAUGCUCCCUCUUCGGAGGAUUUUCACUGCCUCACUUGCCUCCCGCUCCGUCCUCCCGAGACUCGUCUCAAACACACUCGUUUCCUGUUUUCCCCAUCGGAAUCCAUUGGGGUUUCGAAACAAGAGCUUGGCUUCCCCUCUCAUGGCUUCCGGUUUCAGCACUGACGACUCCCGAAGGCCCCCCUUUGCCCCGCUACCCCCGCCUGACGCCGAUGAGGUUGAACUGUUCAGAGGACUUGAAGCAACAUUAGGUUCAUCAUUUUCUUCAGAUCCUUUGUCACCACCUCCGCACCCUCUGGUCAUUGUAAUCAGUGGACCGAGCGGCGUUGGCAAGGAUGCGGUUAUCAAGAAACUACGAGAAGUAAGAGAAGGAAUUCAUUUUGUUGUAACUGCUACUAGCAGAGCAAAACGACCUGGAGAAGUUGAUGGAAAGGAUUACUACUUUGUUUCAAAAGAAGAGUUUCUUUCAAUGGUCGACAAGCAUGAGCUCUUGGAAUAUGCUCUUGUUUAUGGAGAUUACAAGGGAAUUCCAAAACAGCAGAUCCGUGACUUCAUGGCCAAAGGUUAUGACAUUGUCCUCAGAGUUGAUAUACAAGGUGCUGCCACCCUAAGAUCAAUACUAGGAAGCUCAGCUGUGUUCAUUUUUCUUGUUGCUGAGAGUGAAGCAGCACUUGUAAAGCGGCUUAUUAAUAGAAAGACGGAAACAUCAGAAAUGCUUCUUGUUAGGGUUGCCACAGCAAGAGAGGAGGUGAAGCGAAUGAAAGAUUUCGAUUAUGUGGUUGUGAAUGCUGGAGGACAACUCGAAGAAGCCGUCAAGCUUGUUGGGUCCAUUAUUGACUCUGAGAAAGCUAGAGUUAGACAGCGCCGAGCAGUUAUCUAGUAACUGCAAGUUGUUAAUGCUCAUUACACUUUAAUUUUUUUUGUUUUUGGAUGUUCUUUACGGGUAGAGGGCUGCCAUUCCUUGUGGAUGUGUAAUAAACAAAGAUUAAUUGCAUAUCUUCAUUAAAUUUGAGGCUUUGAUUGGACCAUUCA